UUGCGGGGUCUGCGCACACCUGGCAGCGGCGGCUGGACACCAUGAGCCUCCGCGAGGAGCAGGUGCGGCGGUACCUGGACCAGAACCCCGGCUUUGCGGACCGGUACUUCGGGAAGACGCUGACUUCCUGGGCUCCCCAGGCCGGGGCAGGGCCGCUGGAUGUCGGCACUGGCCUGGGGCCCCACAGCCCCGCGAGCCCAGGCCCACAGAGGAACAGCCUCUGUCUUUUCUCUGGCACCGCACAGAACCCCCACUUCAGCACCUUCGCCGACGAGCUGACCGGCUACGAGACGAGGAGCCUCUUGGCCAUGCCCAUCAUGAACGGCAAGGACGUGGUGGCCGUGGUCAUGGCCGUGAACAAGCUGGACGGGCCGGGCUUCACCAGCGAGGACGAGGACGUUUUCCUGAAGUACCUGAACUUUGGGGCCUUGAACCUGAAGAUCUACCACUUGAGCUACCUGCACAACUGUGAGACCCGCCGCGGACAGGCUCGUGUCCUCAGAGCCCCGCCCCGAGCGUCUGACCAGGGCGGGCUGGUCCAGGCUGUGCCUUCCAAGCUCAUGGCCACUGAUGACAAUUUCCGUCACUCAUCACAGACCCGGUGUGAGGCCAACCAGGCCGCGCGGGGCAGGGACAUGGCCGGAGUGGGAGGCAUCGUCCCCCAGGAAGCUCCCAGGCCUCGGGGUCAGGCCGCAGGAGUGGGGCCCCGCCAGGAAUUCUUCGACGUGUGGCCCAUCCUGAUGGGAGAAACCCAGCCGUACUCAGGCCCGCGUACCCCGGACGGCCGAGAAAUCCUCUUCUACAAAGUCAUCGACUACCUCCUCCACGGCAAGGAGGACAUCAAGGUCAUCCCCACACCGCCAGCUGACCACUGGGCUCUGGCCAGUGGCCUUCCAACCUACGUGGCAGAAAGUGGCUUUGUCUGUAACAUCAUGAACGCCCCUGCAGACGAGAUGUUCGCCUUCCAGGAAGGCCCCCUGGACGACUCCGGCUGGGCCGUCAGGAACGUCCUGUCCAUGCCCAUCGUCAACAAGAAGGAGGAGAUCGUGGGGGUGGCCACCUUUUACAACAGGAAGGACGGGAAGCCUUUCGACGAGCAGGACGAAGUGCUCAUGGAGUCCCUCACACAGUUCCUGGGCUGGUCCGUGCUGAACACCGACACCCACGACAGGCUGAACAAGCUGGGGAACCGCAAGGACAUCGCCCAGGACAUGGUGCUGUACCACGUGCGCUGCGACCAGGACGAGAUCCAGCUCAUCCUGCCAACGCGAGCACGCCUGGGGAAGGAGCCGGCUGACUGUGAGGAGGAGGAGCUGUGGGAAAUCCUGAAGGAGGUGCUGCCUGGGCCCACCAAGUUCGACAUCUACGAGUUCCACUUCUCCGACCUGGAAUGCACGGAGCUGGAGCUGGUCAAAUGUGGCAUCCAGAUGUACUACGAGCUGGGCGUGGUCCGCAAGUUCCAGAUCCCCCAGGAGGUGCUGGUGCGGUUCCUGUUCUCCGUCAGCAAAGGCUACCGGAGGGUCACCUACCACAACUGGCGCCACGGCUUCAACGUAGCGCAGACCAUGUUCACGCUGCUCACGGUGCCCGGAGGGGGCAGGGCACCCAGAAGCCGGGUGCGGGGUGGGAGGCGCCCACACACACCGCCCCACCUGCCCAGGGUGGUGAAGACCUCCUGGUCCAAAGGCAGCCCCGCUGGAGGGGCGGGGGGCUCCUCCACUCGGGAGGCGGGGCUUGGAGGGCUCAGCCUGGGUCCCCACGCCGCCCCACAGCCUCAGCCCCGGGAGCAGGAGCGGGUGCGGGUGCGGGUGCGGGACUGGGGCCCUGGGGACAGCCUGGACCCGCCUCCAGCGCCCUCUGCUCACAGGGCCAUGAUGAUGACGGCCUGCGACCUGUCUGCCAUCACCAAGCCCUGGGAGGUCCAGAGCAAGGUUGCGCUGCUGGUGGCAGCGGAGUUCUGGGAACAAGGAGACUUGGAAAGGACGAUUCUGGAUCAGCAGCCCAUUCCAAUGAUGGACCGGAACAAGGCGGCUGAGCUCCCCAAACUGCAGGUUGGCUUCAUCGACUUCGUGUGCACCUUCGUGUACAAGGAGUUCUCCCGCUUCCACGAGGAGAUCCUGCCCAUGCUGGAGCGCCUGCAGAACAACAGGCAGGAGUGGAAGGCGCUGGCGGAGGAGCACGAGGCGCGGGUGCGGGCCCUGGAGGAGGAGCAGCAGCAGGAGGAGAGGACCGCGGCCAGGAAAGGGGGCACAGAAAUUUGCAAUGGUGGCCCAGCACCCAAGUCCUCGACCUGCUGCCUCCUGUGAGCCACUCAGGGCACCGAGGGCUCCCACAUCCCCACGCCCACGUGGACUCUGCCUCUAACCACUUGGCACAAGACGUUAGGAAGCCUGAGACGAUUUUGGAUACUUUGAAUUUUUUUUAAGGUUUGUGUUUUUAUCGACUGUAGUCAACUACAAAUAACUGCAGCCCGCCCUGCACUGACACUCACCGCCUUUGACAGUCCCUCGGAGCCCUGCGUCUACACCAGGGUCGGAAGCCUGGGGAGAAGGCUGCGCCUGUGUUUUUAUGGACACAGAGGUGCUGUUUCCCAGCUGGCUUAGGAAACGGUAUCUGACCAGAAAUGUAGAAUAAAUGAAAACAAGUUGC